AUGUUCAAGUUUAUUGAUAAUUUGGAGAGACACACAGCACGUAACAAAUGUGGUCAAGAAUACAAUCCUGCCUCUGUCGUCGAAUCCAUUGAAUCAAUCAAUCUAAACAUACAAAUUGAUCCUCCGUUUAACGAAUUUAAACCACCUUCCUCACUUGAACCGCGUUUAAGAAAUCAACCUCAAAGAUCAACUAGAGUUACACGGGGAAAUAACAAUCACAACACCGUUGAAAAGCAACACGUCAUCGAUCAUGCCCCUUCCUCACGCGAUAAAGUAUUCCAAUGCGAUUGUGGUAAACGAUAUGGCUACAGGGAAUCCAUCUACAAUCACAAAAAACAUGGUAAAUGCCCCGGCAAACCUUGGGGUGACGCUCUCAUCGUUUCUAUCCCCGCAAAUUCAUCCAAUUUUCAUCCAAACGAUACUCAAAAACGUCGUAAGCUGACAGAUCAUUCCUCUCAAGAUUCUGACUCGAAAUACUCUUCUUCUUCACCUGCUCCUGUCAUUCAACCAAAUAUACGUCAACCACUUACCCUUCCUUUAGAACAUCCCGAACAUCCCGAACAUCCAGAACAUCCAGAACAUCCAGAACAUCCAGAACAACAUCCAGACCAAGAGCAUACCAUCCAACAACCCGCCAACGAUUAUCUCCCUCUUCAAGAUUCCUCUCCCUCUUUCCCCAUCUUGCCCCCUUUAUCUGCCUUGGAAGAACGUAAACCUGAUGUCUCAUUGCUUGUCCAACAACCUUUAAUCGUACAUCCUCCUCAAACUACCAUUCAAUACCCAAAUCAGCCUCUUUACAAUAACAGCAAUAUGGCUCCCCCUUCUGUUCCCCCUCUCGGUUCUUCCCGUUCAACCCCAACUCCCGAUUCCCUCACUUCAAAAAGACCAAUGACAAGAGUUCGUCAGCCUGAACAUGAGAAAGCUUUCGCUUGUGAUUGUGGUAAACGUUUCGCUUACAAAACCUCUAUUUAUCAUCAUAAGAAUAGAGGUGGUUGUCCUGGUAGACCUUGGGUUACUUCUGAAGGUGGUCAUAGAAAUAGAGCAAAGACUGGUAAACACCUCUCCAUGUCAAGAGCGCACGAGCUUGCUCAAAAAAUGGGUGAAAUUGGCACUCUUAAUGUCGACUUUGAUAACGUUCCUGACCACUUGAAAGCAGAAUUUUACAAGAAUGAAUCUUUUGCCAAAUCAAAUAGCACAAAUAGGAGAAAAAGCUCACUUACAAACGCAUCAGACUCGAGUCCUAGUGGCGCUCCAAGUACAUCUCAAGACGAUAUAGUCUCUAGGCAGUCUGUUCGACAAAGACCGAAUAUUGGAUUGAGAAUUAGAGAAUGGAAAGAACCUCACCCGCGUCAAAUUGGUAGACCUACUUUAGCUAGACAGCAAUUCGAACAAGAGUUGCACUCUAACAAGCCUUCGUUAUCAAUUCAACACCCACCUGUAGUAACUCCACCAACAAACCAAAUUACAAAUCCUAUGUCUCAAUCACCAAGAUCUCAAGGUAUCCCUCAAUCAUCUCUACCUAUACAUCCGUCUUUACAAGUUGCUCAAUCAGCUCCAUCGUCUACAGGGAAUGUUGAUGGGCAGAGCAACGCAUUUGCAUCACCCCAGCAAGCUCUUGUUACCGAUGUACCGCUAAACAAACAAGAAGAUUGGAACGGUAUGAACAAUAUGAACAAUAUGGACAAUAUGAACAAUAUCACCAGACACACCUCAACGCCACCUUCGAAUAAACCAUCGUAUCCACCACAUUCGUUCAAUCGGAACAACUCUCAUCUCGCACCCUCUAAUAGUCACAGUCGUCCAUCUGUAGGCUCAGCAACAUCAUCUCACGCCUCAAUCGAGCAGGAUGACGGUGGUGAUAGUGACGCAUACGUUCUUGGUGAUGUUGAUGAUGAAGCCUGCGUGUCUAGGACGCGCUGGGGACCAGCUGGGGUAGAGUUAGCACAAGAAUUGGCAAGGCAGCGUUUUAGUUUACCUAAACCAGCAACUCCAACUCCGCAAAGACCUUACGUUUGCUUAGUGCCGGGUUGUUGCAGAUCUUACAAGAACAGCAACGGACUAGCGGCUCAUUUUUCAUCUGUAAGAGAGACAGGACAUGGCGAACUGGGACGCAAAUUGCGUGAUGAGGUUAAAGAGAAAGAUAGCAAUCCAGGCUAUGUCGGUAUAUUUGACUCUAUUUUGAGAGAGCAAGAUACUAUCAAAAAGGCUCAACCUGACGAUGAAGAAGAUGAAGCAAAUGAUUAG